AUGGCCGACAUCCUGAGUAUCGGCGGUGAGCCGAUCUUCGACAAGCGCAUCGUCGGAAUCGAGACUCACACGUAUAACCCGUACGUCAACACGACGUUCGGACACAACGACGAGAUACGAAUACCCAUACAGCAGCAGGAUCUGUAUACACUGCCGUGCGACAGUUUCUUGUACGUCGAGGGACGACUCAACGACGACGGCGCGACGAAUGAGGAACAAUACGCGAAAUUAGUCAAUAACUGCGUCGAGUUUAUGUUCGACGAAAUUCGAUACGAGCUCGACGGCGUCGAGAUCGACCGGUGUAGAAACGUCGGCAUAACUAGCACGAUAAAGAACUACAUGUCGCUGACCGUCGAACGAGCCAGAAAACUGCAGAACGCUGGAUGGAGUUAUCCGACGAGCGAAUCAAAUCUGAACAACGCGUCCCAUCAAUUCAACUUUUGCGUACCUUUGAAUAUUCUUUUGGGUUUCUGCGAGGACUACAGCGUGGUGAUAAACGCGCGACACGAGCUUAUCCUGAUACGCUCUCGUAGCGACCACAACUGCGUCGUAGAUCCGAAGAAGACCGUGCCGAGAGAUCCGGCCAAGGAUCCUAAAAUUACGUUAUUGAAAUGGCGUAUGCCUCACGUGGCGCUGAACGACGUGACUAAAUUAUCGCUGUUGCGAACGUUGGAGAGCGGACGAUUUCUGAGCGCGGGCUUUCGCUCUUGGGAUCUGUACGAAUUUCCCCUGCUGCAGAGCACGACCAAGCAUUCGUGGGCCGUGAAAGCCGCGCCGCAAUUGGAGAAGCCGCGAUACGUCAUAUUCGCGCUGCAGACCGGACGGCGAAACGAAUUCGCGGGCGACGCCUCGAGGUUCGAUCAUUGCGAGCUCGCCAACGUGAAAUUGUAUCUCAACUCGGAAUUCUAUCCCUACGACGACGUGAAUGUGGAUUUCGAGAGCGACAAGUUCGCCGUGCUGUACGAGAUGUACGCAAAAUUUCGAGGAGCGUAUUACGGGAACGAUCGCGACGACGCGCUCUUUUCCCCGCGCGAAUUCGCGCGGGUAGCUCCGCUCGCGGUGAUCGAUUGUUUCCGUCAAAACGAAUCGGUGAAGAGCGCCACCGUGGACGUGCGCAUCGAGUUCGAAAACAAGGAAAACGUUCCGCCGAAAACCUCAGCUUUUUGUCUCAUCGUUCACGAUCGAGUCAUCGAGUACAGUCCGCUGACCAACGUGGUGCGCAAAAUUAUCUAA